AUGUCAGAUAAGUUGAGGGAAAUGGGGAACAAGGACUACGAGAAGGCCGGUAGGCAUGGCAGUGAUCUGUUUACGAAGGUACCUCCUAAAGGUUAUCGAGCCAUUUUGGGGUGGAUGGGCAACAUUCCAAUUGGAGAUUACGCCGUCAGAUUUAAUAAUUUGAUCGGUUGUUUAAUCAGAGACCCACACCACAUUAACAUCGCUCAUAACUUUGAUGAACAACAAUGGAAUGGAAUAAAGAAGAUAUGGGAGAGGCUCAUGAAUCACUAUUGCCUUGAGGACAACCCGGACUCUUGGGAUUACGUAAUGAGUAGAGCGAGCAAGAUGCUUCGGGGGUGGAGGAGUAGACUUAAGAGUCAAUACUUUACAGAUAUAACCAUUGAUUGGAAGCGGAUUCAUCAGCUUGAUAAGAGGGUUCCUCCUUAUAAUUGGAUGACUCUCAUUAUCGAGUGGGAGGGCGAGAAGAAGGAUAAAUGUUCGAUAGCAUCGGCUAAUCGCGGUGCAAAGCUAUAUGAUCACUUUCUAGGAGCUACUCCCUACGCUCGGAUCGAGCAUAAAUAUUUGCGUGAAAAUCCGGACGCCUUGACUAUGCCGCCAACUCUUCUUGCUAGAAGUGCAUAUACACCACCCGAGGGCUAUGAUAAGGUGGAAAAGAUGACAAAAAUUAAGGAUAUGCAUGAGGCGCUUGAAGCUUCACAAGACUUUGUCUUGUCCCAGUCUCAGAGCAUAGAGAACACUCCUACCGAUCCUAAUCGCAUGACUAGAGAGCAAUGGAGGGAAAUUGUUGAUGGAGUUUAUGGCUCUAAACCAAUCAAGAAAGGGAGAGUGCCUUUAUCAAGUGGAAAAGUUAGGAUAGUCUCCACUAGCAGGAAUAUACAAAAUGACUCGUCCGCGACCUCAAAUCGACCAAGUGUGACAUCGUACGUCGUGGCUAAAAUUGGACAGUAUUUAAUGGACAAUGUUCAACCCUCGAUGUUUUUUCAAUUUAUUCCCAUUAUUACGCGCGAGCUAGGGGGUGCACAAUCGACUUGGGAUGUUGUGCAGCGCCUCAGUGAUUGUCCAUCGUUGAAGGAGAUUCUUCCUGAGUCGAUAUACUUAGAGAUCUUUAAGUUGGCGUUUGCCGAGCAUGAAGUUCAUGGUGGUGGAGAGACUGGAGGAGGUAUUGUAGGGAGCAGCAGUACGAUACGACGUUCUAAUGCAGACGAUGCUGAUAACAGGGAUGCCGAUGAUGACGAGGAGUGA